GCAACUCUAGCUGAAUGCGAAGGACUUGUGAAGUCUGUGCCAUAACAAACUACAAAUUGAAACAAUGUUUGUGUGCCUUUUGGCUUACAUUUAUGAAACGAAUUUUUUCCUUAUAGUUGGUAAUUUUUCACUAAUUACUGCAAUAUUUUAUUUAAUAUGGAGUAUCCUAAAUGAAAAAUCAUACGCUGGUGUUUCCGUUAAAUCGCAGUUUCUAUACUUAACAGUCUUCGUUACAAGAUGUGUUGCCAUUUCUGGAAAUUUUUUUGCGCUCUUUAUGAUAUUCCCCAUGAGCGUGGCUUUGAUCCUGGCGUUUAGGAUGAAAAAUACAUACGAAAAGAAAUUAGAUAAUUUUUGGGCUGAGUUUCUAAUUGUCGCAUCUUUCUUUUUGGCUGCUUUCGUCUAUGAUAGCGUCCAUUACAACAUAUUAACACCUUUCAAUGAAAAUCUGGAAAUGGUCGCUUUACUUCCUCAGAUAUAUAUGAUCUGGAAAAGCAAUAAAAUCAUCAAACACGUAAAAGUGUAUAUGUUCUAUAUGUAUCUAUAUAGGUGUUUGAAUGUGGUGCGAUGGAUACACAUCCACUGCGCAUACGGUAGCAACAACAUCAGAUCUGCAAUUAUUUUGGCUGUUGAUUUCUUAAUCAUGACCACGUGUAUAGUCUUUUUACGCCACAAAAAAAUUAUUCUGUAUCAUCAUGAAGAGAAGGAAGUUACAAAACCUCAAAAUACUUGUCACGUCAACCCUGAAUUGCCGUCCAUUACAGCUACCACACUUGUUGAUGAAAAAUUAAUAAGAAAUUUACUAGCCCACGUUAAUGUAAUAGCCAUUAAGAAUAAGACUUCAAAAAUUGAUAUAAAUGGUUUAAUCUAUACUUAAUAUUAUUAUAUGUAUAGGAUAGAUUAUUAUUAUAAGAAUAUUUUCUACUGUGAAAUUUUAUUUUACUUUCUUUUCAUCAUUGUUACAUUUUUUAGACCAUCGCUUGCAUUUGUUAGAUGAGUCAAUUUUAUUUUUUUAAUGUGGUCAGUAGAUUCUUAAGUACAAGUUUUUCUGGUCGCCACCCUUGUCCUCCGGUCGCCAUCUUGGAAAAAGGGGUGCAAAGGGCGUUCGCGAUGUAUCUCGUAAACUAGCAACCCUACAGAAAAUUUAAUUUUACAUUAAAUGUAGCAAAUUAAAUUUUCUACAAUAUUAUAUCUAUUACUUUUCAUCGUCAAGCGACCAACAAAAAAGUUAUAAACAAAAAUAAGAGAAAAUUUUGUAACAAGUUUCCUUUUGGAGUUUAUAACUUUUUUUCCGUUCAUUUCACAAUGAAAUAACAUCAUAGCAAUUUUGUAGAGGACUUUUCAACGAACGAUUUCCACUAUAAAGUUGUUUAAUUUCAUUUACUUAUCUAGGUUUUAUACCGCUCCAAACUUGACCAGAUUCUCGAAAGCUCAUAGGGAUACAAUAAAAACAAAACGUUAGGCUUACUUUUCUAUCUAUAUAUUUUAUUAUUCAUACAAUUUAUUAUGAUUUUAACAUUCCUAUGUUACUAUUAAACUAUUUUUGACCUUUCUCCCCACUACAAAGCUUAGAACCCUAAGCAUAUAGAAAAGGCUCAAGUAGUUGUUUGGGGCCCAGAAGAAGAAUGACGCAACCGCAAAAUGAAAAAUUCUUCAAAAGAGCAAAACAACUAUUUUUAAAGAUUUAAAAUAGGGAUUAAAUGAAGAGUAAUCUUCCAGGAGCAUCGGUAUGGCGUUUGUUUUUUGAAAACGAUUCAUUAUGCAUUUGAAACAAGGUCUAACAUUGCGGGUAUUUCAAUAACGACGCAACUACCCUAUAGUGGCUCAGCACCUUGUUAUAGUUCUGUCGUUUUGUAUCAUCUGUACAUAAUAUUUUAGAUAAUUGAUGGAUUCGACCGUUACUUGAUGGAAGUUCAUUUUAUCUCACAAUAAAACACUGAAAAACGUUUGUUUUCUAUACUUCCACAAAAUUUAUUACAACUAUGUUAUUACUACAGUUGUUUCGGCAAAGUGCCUUUCUCAAGUGAUAUAUUUUACAAUGUGUCUGCCUUUUUAAGUCUUUAACUGAAGAGGUUGAGGAGUGGGGAGCUGUUUGUCUCGAGUUGGUCAUUCAGAAUUAUAUCUGUAUUUUUCAAUUUAUUAAUUUCCAUUGAUUCUAAAAGUGAUAGCUUAAGGCCUUUAUUUUGAAUAUGUAGAAUUUGAAACUCUUCAUUGAAAGAAUGAUUAUGAUCUAGAAGGUGAAGUGCGUAUGUAGAAGUGUCAGACACUUCUACAUAGGCACUUUUUGAAGUUCAUGAAGUUUUAAGAAAAUUAGAACCAAAAACAAAUAGAGGGGAGAACUUUUUAUUAGUGAAUGACUCGAUCGAAAAUUUAGUGAUAUUUUCAUGUGAUAGUAAUUUAAAAUUUUUAUGUGAAUCAAAAAUUAUUUAUAUGGAUGGUACAUUUUCCUACUGUACAAAGUUUUUUAAACAAAUGUUUACAGUUCACGGCUAUUUUAAUGGUCAUUAUAUUCCGUUAGUAUUUUGUUUAUUGAAAGACAAAAGCGAAAAUUCUUAUAGACAAUGCAUUAUGAGCAUUUAUUAAUAUUGCGUGAGUAGAAGUUUAAUAUUUUCGCCACAAGAAGUAGUCAUUGAUUUUGAAAUUGCCAUUCAUAAUGCUGUAGUAAAAAUUUGGCCAAAUUGUAAAAUUACCGGUUGUCGAUUUCAUUUAACACAAGCUUGGUUUAGAAAAAUCCAAAGCUUACGUUUGGUUAAUGAGGUUUGUUCGUAGUACGAUCCAAUCGAUCAGCAACCGUUGCCAACCAUCAGACGCAUGCGCAGUUAACAGUUCGAGUUCGUAGACUACGAACGCGCUUGCGUCUGACGGUUGGCAACGGUUGCUGAUCGUUCUACGAACAAACCUAAAAAUAAAAGUUCAGAUAUAGGAAAAUGGCUGCGUUACUGUUUUAGCUUUUUAUUUUUAAAACCCGAAGAAAUUGAUGAUUUUUAUUUUUUUGAACUCUAUGAAAUUAAACCUGAACAUCCUAAAUUGGAAGAAUUUUCUGACUACCUUUUACAAAACUACUUAACAUCUGAUUCAAAAUUUCCGCCAAAAAUAUGGGCAGAUGCUUCCGCAGCUUUAAAUAAAACUACAAAUGCAUGUGAAUCUUUCCAUUCCCAUUUCAAUAAUUCAAUGCAUCAAACUCAUCCUUCAUUAUUUAUAUUUUUAAGUUCAAUUUUAAAUAUACAAGCUGAAGUUCAUGUUAAGUGUAACAGUAUAAAUACAUCCCAUAAAUUUAUAAAUAUACAUUCAAAAAAGCGCCAUGAUUUUAUUAAUACAAAAGUUAAUGAGUAUUUACAACAACCAUAUGUUAUCACAACUUUAAUAUGUUAAAAUAUUAUCAAAUUAUUAUAAUUUUUGAUAUUAGCUUUCAUUUUUAUUGGACUAUGUGUAAUUAUAAUAUGUAUAUCUAUUUAAUAAAGUUAUUCUAUAAA